AUGACAAAGGACAGCUACGAAAUGGACUCUAAUCGAAUAACAAGAGGUGGAUCUCUCUUUGGUAGCGAUCCCCAAAUACAACUCAGAAAAGCUCUGAAGAACAAUGACUACGUGACAUUUAAAAAGAUCGUCAGCUAUGGUGCAGUGGAUCUCGAAUAUGUUUAUCCAUAUCCAGAUUACAAAACAUGCCUUGAACUUGCUUUAUCAGAAACAGAUAGAAAAGAGUUUGUAAAGCUUCUACUGCAGCAUGAAGUCCAAAUCAACAAAGUGAAUGAAAAAGACGGUAAAGCUCCUAUACAUUUAGCUGUCGAAAAUGGAAAUCUUGAAGGACUAACGGCUUUAUUAGAAGAUGACAGAAUUGAUGUUAAUAUUAAAUGUAAGGGAAAUACGGCAUUACUUAUGGCCAUAAAAGGGAUACAAGAUUUGGAUGACAAUCGAGAACAAAACCUAGCAACAUAUGAAGAUAUGAUUGAAUUACUUUUAAAAGCUGGAAGCAACGCAAACGCUCCUGAUAACAAAGGAAUAACUCCAGUUUAUUCUGCUGCAAAGCAAGGCCUUGAAAGAGUAGUUAAGUUAAUUUUGGAUUAUUCCAAGGAUCCUAUUGAUCUUGACAGUUAUAAGGACAUAAGGGGUCGCACUGCACGGUAUUAUUUAAAUGAUGCUUUUCCUCAUCUUUUGGAAAAGUUUGACGCGUUAAGCAAACAAGAAGAAAUAAUUGAUAUUGAUAAACUUUUUUCUUACCUCAGUAGACACGAAGAAGAUAACUUUAUACGUGAUUACACAAAAUUAGUAAAGAGAAGUGAACACCGUCCGGCAAUUGCUGCAAAUAACGGUAUGUAUACGAUGCUACAAUUAAGUACUGAAAAGGGAUUCGAGAAAAUUGUUGGACUUUUGCUUAAUUCUGGGGCAGAUCCUAAUGCAACAUGUUCUGGUAACAUAACUCGACCAAUAGCCAUAGCGUGCCAAAACGGUUACUACAAAAUUCUAAAAAUGUUUAUUGACAACGAAUCUACUCUUUUCGAUCCAGUCAAUAAUGAGUCUCUUUUGCAAAUAACAAUAAAAGGAAUGAAAUUGAUCCCUAAGAGCCAGAAAGUAGACUUUAAAGGCUGCUUAGACUUGUUAUUGAAAAACCCAAAAAUUAAUACUAAUGUUAAUUAUUCUGAUAUAAAAAAUAAUACGGCUCUGCACUAUGCCGCUAGAAAUGGUGACAAUGAUACUGUAUUAGAAUUACUAAGAAGUGGGGCUUGCAUUGGCCUGCGUAACAAAUUUGACGAGCCACCACUGGCAGAUAUUAAUUCGAAAACACUUGAAACAUACUUAGAUGAAUGUAUUACAAGUAACAGCGAACGACCGAGUGACGAUGACUAUGAGAUUAAUAUAAAAUACAGUUUUCUAGUGUAUCCAAACAAUUCUUUUGAAAACGAAUUAUGUCGAGUACCUUUAAUGGAUAAUGAAAACAACAAUAUAAAAGAGUGUGAUGCUCUUUUAGCACCUGAAACAGAAGCCCUUUUGUAUAUGACAAGGAAUGAAGAAUUGCGGCCACUGUUAAAACAUCCAGUGAUAACUAGUUUCCUAUAUUUAAAAUGGCAACGAAUAAGCUGUUUGUUUUAUGCCAACAUUACCUUUUAUUCGCUAUUAUGGUUAUCAUUAAUAUUGUAUAUUAUUUUAGGUUAUGGUGUUGAAAGAGAACAAUCAAAAUCGAUUGAGGCUUUAAAUGUUGUAACACAUGUAGGCGCUAUAAUUGGACUAAUUCUUUUGAUAUUUCGCGAAUUAUUUCAGUUGCUAGUUUCACCGACAAGAUAUUUACAAAGCAUUGAAAACUGGAUGGAAAUUGCUUUAAUAUUUGUUACUGCUUGGAUUGUUGGAUACGACUCUGCGACAGAGUCUACUAAACAGCAAUUAUCCGCAGUAGCUAUUCUUUUAUCUUCGGCUGAACUGGUUUUAUUGAUAGGUCAGUUUCCAACUUUAUCGACAAACAUCGUAAUGCUCAAAACUGUAUCUUGGAACUUUUUCAAAUUCUUGGUUUGGUAUUGUAUUUUAAUAAUUGCGUUUGCAUUAAGCUUUUACACUUUGUUCCGGAAUGUGGCUGAAGACGAAGAUCAAAGGCCUCCGAAUCCAAACAAAACGGGAAAGCAGGAAGAGGACGACGAAGAAGAUUUCUUUGAAGAUCCCGCAAGAUCUCUAUUCAAGACUAUUGUUAUGUUGACGGGCGAGUUUGAUGCAGGAUCUAUCAAAUUCAGUACAUUUCCAGUAACGAGCCAUAUAAUAUUCAUAGUAUUUGUUUUCAUGGUUCCCAUAGUAUUGUUUAACUUGCUUAAUGGUCUGGCAGUAAGUGACACACAAGAAAUUAGGGCCGACGCAGAGUUAGUCGGUCAUAUCUCACGAGUUAAAUUGAUAUCAUAUUUUGAAAGUGUACUCAUUGGUAGAGCAUAUUCAAAAUCUUCCAAAAUCUGGUCAUGGCUGCCACCAUAUCUUCAGGAGUUGCAAGUCAUAACUCCAAAAAUGUUGUGUAUGAAACCGUUGGCGAAACGUAUUAGUCUGUUCCCCUAUUUUUUGCCUAAGUAUCGGAUAAUCGUGAAGCCCAAUCAAGGCAAUACUAUCAUCAUUCCCCAUGCAGAACCAUUAGGAAAAUAUGGCGAUGAUUAUGAAGACAUUGAGGGUGGAAAGUGUUGUUUUGAGCGCUGCCAGAACUAUAGAUUAGAAAGAAAAAUCGUCAAGAAUGCUAAGUUAGUUAUAAGUAAAAAGACAUACGUAUCCGAAUUUUCGGAAAUAAGAGAAAAGUUAUCGUUAUAUGAAACAAAAAUAGAUAACAUUGAAAGUACAUUAAAAAAGGUUCUUGAUGCUCUCGAAAUGCAGCGCAAUUACUAA